AUGAGGCGUUCUGGUCGCUCUGAACUUAAUACGCGGGAGAAGCGUCGCAAACGAUCGUCUAAUAUUCUAGACAGGACACCAGAAGAGAGCGGUCACCCGGACGGUGCGCGAGAGCAUGUUCACUCCAGAGCUGGCAAUAUUGUCGCUCCCCCCCCUCCUCCUCCUCCUCCUCCUCCUCCUCCUCCUCCUCCUCCUCCUCCUCCUCCUUUCGAAAUAGCAGAGGUACCGCCGUCAUCAAGGCCUCCAUCCAUUGAAGAAUGGAACAUGUCCGAUAUUUUCACCUUUCCAAGCCCGCGUGAUAGCUCACGGGAGAAUCUCUUCCCCCCUUGGUGGGUAUCAGAUAGCGUUGUUCCUUCGAUUCCCAAUUUGACCGAGUAUUUCCAACUGCCUGUCAAUGGAUCAGCAAGCCCGGGCGAUCAACCCGGAAUCCCCAAAGAUAGAAGCGCACCCUCAGGACUCGAGUCUCUGCGCGACAUUACUCAAGACCUCUCCAACGUCAACCUGUCGUUAUUGGACCUCAAGCAAUCCCUCCACGCCGAGCCAUGGGGUCCGAUGUUUGCAUCUCCAGCCGCCGUGAUCACUAAACUAAGCACCUGUGGCAGUGGUGACCAGCUGGACGGCACGCUCGCUCACGGGUAUCCAUUGAUCGAGAUAUUCAAGAAAACACAGCGCUUCAUCGACAUUGCAAAGCAAACAAGUGUUUAUUUCGCAUCACUGCCCACCACGUCUGCAUCAACGUCGACCUCGUCCUCCACAGGCCAGCCACCAUCACAUCCAGACAGCAACGGCACCUCAAGCCAGGGGUCAUCACCUUUCUCCCCACAAGUAGAUGGACAUCUUCCGUACCCUGCGUCUUCAACCAGCACAACACGUGGAAACCGACUAGUCCGCACAGCAAGCAGCUGCGAUUCACCCACCGCGCUUCUCCUCACUGCUGGCUACGCGCGGAUUCUCGACAUUUAUCUGACCGUCCUGACGCAGACGUCGCGUUUUGUUCACGCACUCUCCGUGCAGUCGAGGUCCGGGGGCCCGGACUAUCGCCAACGAAUGCACCCGGUUAUUCCACCGUUGCAGUGGGGUGGAUUCCGGCCUGCAAAUUACGGUGCCUUGCAGAUAUUAAUGAUCAUCCAGGUGAUCUCCUAUCUCCUCACGGAGGUUGAGCGGGCCCUUGGCGUCGACGAGUGGGAGCAUGAGAUGAUGGCGCGAGAGCGAUCCCAAUCUGCGGAGAGGAGAUCCCACUCUUAUCCUCAGGUGCAUGGGCAGUCCUGUCGAAGUGAUGAUUUCGAGGGAGACCGUGUUGUUCGAACUGGGGGGAGGUUGCUCAGCCCUGCUAUGAUUGAGCUUGUCGUUAAAGGGGAGGAGUCAGGAAACAGUGACUGCCAGAGGGGGAAGGUUGGGGUCUUGCGGAGAGAACUCCGACAGCUGAAGGAGGAGAUUGAGAAUAGUAUGCACAUUUAG